CACCUUUCGAACGCAACAUUGUCACCUCAAAGUUUCAGUCUUUCUCAGACAUCAGACCGCAACUAUCCAAAUAAAAAACAAAGCUUCAAAAUCUUGGCAAAGAUGAACUCAAAAUACGUCGCAAUCCUGACUUUGGUCAUUGCCUGCAUUGCUAGCAGUGAAGGCCGUGUCGUUACAGGUCGUCGAAUUGGGCGUCAACUCGCCGCCACUCUCGAAGCUCCACUCACCGAAGGCGUUCAAAACAACGUGAUUAACACCCUCUCCAGGGUCGCCCAAGCCACGGAAGUCGCCGGAACAAAUGUUUCCCGUGCCGCUGCCGUACUUGUGAGAAGCAUUGUUCGAGAAGGAUUCAACCUCGGUUCGGCAGCCACUUAUCUGCCUCGUCUCCUCUUCUUGGACGGACCCAAUCAGUUCAUCGAAACCCUCCGCCUCAUCCGAUCCAACCGAAUCCAAGCCAUCCCGAACGACAUGAAUUCUGCCAUUGACAAUCUCAUCACUUUCACCGGGUCGGUACGAGACUCUGGGAUUACCAGCAAUUUGGCCCCAAUUGUGGAAUUUUUCCCCAACAUUUUCCGAGGUGUAGAGAAAUUUGCGCAGGACGUGUUGUACAACGCUUUCGCCUGGAUAGGCCCCCUCCCUCCACCCUCAGCUUUCGACCAGACGAUCAACAAGCAGGUUUACAGGGCAGGGUCGACCACCGAGUCGCCAGACACCCCACUUUAAUAGUGUGAAAAAUAAUGAAGAGUAAAUUCUAAUAAUUCUGUUAUUAAAUUAUUUUUAUUUAAAUCAGGGAUUAAAUGUAGAAAAAUAAAUUCCAAUUGUUAAAUCUA